AUGAUCCUGGAGGCCAACCUCGCUGUCCUAAAACUGUACCAGUUCAACCCAGCCUUCUUUCAGACCAUGGUCAUGGCCCAGAUCCUGCUGAAUGCCCUCAUCAACUUGCCCCACACCGACUUCACCCUGUGCAAGUGCAUGAUCGACCAAGCACACCAAGAAGAGUGGCCCAUCCGACAGAUUCUCUGCUUCAUUGACCCACUGGAGACUUGCCACUUCCAGGCCUUCUGGCAAGCCUUGGAAGAAAACAUGGACUUCUUGGAAGGCAUCAUGGGCUUUGAAGAUUCUGUCCACAAGUUCAUCUGCCACGUGGCGGGCAUCACGUACCAGCACAAUGACCGCUGGCUGCUGGCAGAGAUAUACACUAAAUCGGUAACUACAUUUUACCAAGAUCUUUAUGAGAUCCUUAUAGAUCCCCGUAUAAGUGUUGAACCAGAGGGAACCAAUGUGGAGCCCUAG